UUAGGGUUCUUGGCCAUGGCGAGAGGCUACCUGGUCGCGUACAAUGUAGCGCAGGCGGGAGGCUGGGCUUUGCUACUCGCGCGGCUGCUCUUGGCGCCAGGAAAGGUGAAAACGGGAGAAAUUCGCCUCGCAUAUUUCCUCCAGUUCUUCGCGUUGUUAGAAGUGAUACAUUCUUUGCUCGGCCUUGUUCGGAGUGGAACUCUCACAGCGUUGCUGCAAUGGGGUGGGAGAUUUCACGUCAUCGCUGCAGUCGUGGCUCCAAUCGAAGAAAUCCAAAACAGCCCCUGCCUCGUCACAUUGCUUGGAGCUUGGUCGCUUUCGGAGGUGAUACGAUAUCCACAAUACGUGGCUAGCAUUCUUGGAACGUGUCCACCAUGGCUAACUUGGGCGAGAUAUUCUGGUUUCAUUGUGCUCUAUCCAAUUGGGUUCUUCUCUGAAAUGCAUUUGAUGUAUUCUGCCUUGCCCUUCAUCCGCAAGGAAAACAUGUACUCAAGUUUCUUCAGAUGGGCUCCAUUCGGCUAUCACGGCUUUAUAAUGGCUUUGCUAGUCAUAUAUCCCGGCUUUGCGUUGUUCCUCUACGCACACAUGCUUUCACAGCGACGGGCAAAGCUACGACUUACACCAGAAAGAAAAAGAGAAUAGCGACUUUUUACAGAGCCAAUCCAAUCGAUCCAGCGGCUUUAAAAAAUGUAAUACAUGGGAUUCGGCAGCUUGAAGGUUCUGUUUCCAGCGGC